AUGAUAACCCUGUGGCUCCUGCUCCGUGUCGCCUUGCUCAGACUCGGCACCACUCCGCCCUUGGUCCAGGGCCGCAGCUUCUGUGCACCAGCAGUUGGGCCCUGGCCAUCCUUUUUUGACCUCAGCUCGCCUCUGGAGGUUCAGGAAACCAUCCAAAUCCCAAACACUGGAGACAGGCCCCUGCCGGUGGAUGUUCAGGUGUUGGUGAGAAAUGGGUCCGACAUGGUAAGCAUCCUCAGGCUUACACAGUCCUCCAGGCUGCUGCUCCGGCUGGCCUGGGUGGACACUCGCCUGGCCUGGAACAUGAGUGUGCACCCACAGUGUGUGCUUAUGCUGGCCUGGGACUCACUGGGCUGGGCUCUUGGCUGUGGCGCUUUUCCCAGCAGGCUCUGGUUGGAUUGGCAGGACGAGGGCCCACGGACCCAAGUGGACCAAGAUGGCCACACCAAGCUCUCCCUGGCCCUCACCACAGAGACCAGCUGCGACUUUGAGCUCCUCUGCUUCCCCGGGGCCCAGAGCCACUGCACCCUCAGCUUCCACACUCUCAGCACCACAGUGAUGGAGCUGGUGCUCCAGGCCCACGUGGUGAGGGAGAUCGUGAGUGUCAAGAGGGAGCAUGUGGUUUGGGAUUUGAAAACCCAAGUCCCGCUGCAGCAGCUGGUGCCCUGUUUCCAGGUGACCGUGAGUUGGGAGAACACAGCACUAAAGGCCAUCAUGUCAUUGUUGGUACCCAGGGAGGUACUGCUGUUGGUGGACGUGUGUGGUGGGGGUGGGGGGACGCUGCUGCCCCUCCAGGCCAUGGAUCACACUGCCUACAAGGUGAUGCUGCUGGGCUACCUGGUCUUUCACUCCCCCGCCCCGGUGCAGGCCCUGCCCAGCUCCUCCUCCUGCAACCCGCUGCUUGUGUAAUACAUCACCAUCCUGCUGCUACUGCUCUUCCUCAGCACCACAGAGACCGUCCUGUUGGCAGGGCUGCUGGCCCAGGACCACCUCAGGGUCCAGAAGAGCCCUAGCCCAGCCCUAAGAGGGCAGUGGCUGGACCCUUCCUGGGGGGGGGGGUACAAGGAAUGA